AUGUCCACGGAUCUCCUCCGCUAUGACGGAAACAAAUCGAAUAUCAUGACGAUGACUGCGGCGCAACCAACUCGCGCAAGCAAUAUAAUACCGGACCAUGACACUGCCAUGUCGGCGAAGAAGGAGGGAGGCGCGGACAUGGCCUCUGGGAGGAAGAAGAUGGAUAAGAACAGCAUGGAAUACCUGAUCAAGAGCGGAGUGGCGGGAGGAUUCGCUGGAUGCGCUGCGAAAACAGUAGUGGGCCCCCUCGACCGCGUGAAAAUCCUCUUCCAAACCCGCAACCCCCAAUUCGCAAAAUAUGCAGGCUCCUGGAUAGGUUUCCCCACAGCAAUCCGCGACAUCUAUGUCAGCACCGGUGUACGCGGGCUCUUCAAGGGCCACUCUGCAACACUCCUCCGCAUCUUUCCUUAUGCAGGCAUCAAGUUUCUCGCCUACGAGCAAAUACGUGGUCGCAUAAUAAAGAACAAGGCGCAAGAAACACCCGGCCGACGCUUCGUCUCGGGCAGUCUAGCAGGCAUGAUGAGUGUCUUCCUCACCUACCCACUCGAAGUAAUCCGGGUGCGCCUCGCUUUCGAAACCAAAGAGGAGGCCCGCAGUAGUCUAGUAACCAUAGUCCGAAAAAUCUACAGCGAACAAGCACCACGGGUAUCGCAACCAAAGAACCCCAUCACAGCAACCGCAACCCACGUCGUAGAAAUCGUCACCCCGCACUCCGGCCUCUCAAACUUCUUCCGCGGCUUCACGCCCACGCUCCUCGGCAUGAUACCCUACGCAGGCGCUUCCUUCCUCGCCCACGACUCCAUGUCCGAUCUCAUGCGCAUCCCCAUCCUCGCCCCCUACACAACAUUACCCAACACUUCCCGCGAGGAAUCCAGCACCACGAGUCACAAACCCGCACAACUUCGUUACUGGGCUGAGCUGGCCAGCGGUGGCAUCGCGGGCUUCUUUUCACAAACAGUGUCUUACCCCCUGGAGGUUAUACGACGGCGCAUGCAAGUUGGUGGCGUGGUCGGUGACGGACAUCGGCUUAGUAUACCGGAGGUUACGAGGAGGAUUUACAUGGAGAGGGGGUAUAAGGGUUUUUUUGUAGGACUGACAAUUGGGUAUGUCAAGGUUGUUCCGAUGGCUGCGGUGAGCUUUUAUGCUUAUGAGAGGGGGAAGUAUUAUCUGGGGAUAUAA